GCAUUUCCGAUACAACAGCUUCAACACUCACAAUACUUCCUCACAUUUCUCCAUUUCUUCUCUGUAAAUUCCGGCGACCGGAAAAUUUUCACGAUGGACGUUCGCCGGCGAGCUGUAAAACCCCUUGACGCUUCCAAACACAUUUCCUCCGGAGAACCUCUCAGACCCCAUAAUCAAGAUUCCUCUGUUAAAGCUUCAGAUGCUCUUCCAUUACCGUUGUAUCUUACAAAUGGUUUGUUCUUCACCAUGUUUUUCUCUGUCAUGUAUUUUCUUCUACACAGAUGGCGUGAGAAGAUCCGUAAUGGAAUUCCACUCCACGUGCUCAACUUUUCUGAAUUAGUUGCUAUCUUUUCGUUGAUCGCUUCAGUUAUUUAUCUGUUGGGGUUCUUUGGUAUUGGGUUUGUUCAAUCUUUCGUUUCUAAAGGAAAUAAUGAUUCUUGGGACGUUGAAGAUGAAACCCCAGAACAAUUUAUUGAUACAACUGUUACAUCACCACCUGUUCGACGAAAUAUCCCAAUGAAAUCUGUACCUGUUGAUGAAAAAGAUGCUCAGAUAAUCACACCAUUUUCGUUAGAGGACGAUGAGGUGAUUAUCAAAUCGGUGGUGGAAGGGAGAAUACCAUCAUAUUCAUUGGAAUCUAAGUUGGGUGACUGUAAAAGAGCUGCUUUUAUUCGAAAAGAGGCGUUACAGAGGAGUUCAGGGAAGUCAUUGGAUGGGUUACCAUUAGAUGGAUUUGAUUAUGAAUCAAUUCUUGGACAGUGUUGUGAGAUGCCAAUUGGGUAUAUUCAAAUACCAGUGGGAAUAGCUGGACCUUUGCUGCUUAAUGGGAAUGAGUUUUCUGUGCCAAUGGCAACCACAGAAGGAUGUUUAGUUGCUAGUACUAACAGGGGUUGUAAAGCCAUUUAUGUUUCCGGUGGCGCUACCAGUGUUUUGUUUAGAGAUGGGAUGACUAGAGCUCCUGUAGUUAGGUUCGGCAGCGCAAAGAGAGCUGCAGAGUUGAAGUUCUUCGUCGAGGAUACAAUGAAUUUCGAGACUCUAUCUGUUGUAUUCAAUAAAUCAAGCAGAUUUGCCAGAUUACAGAACAUUCAAUGUGCAAUAGCUGGAAAGAAUCUAUACAUGAGGUUUAGCUGUAGCACUGGUGACGCGAUGGGAAUGAACAUGGUUUCCAAAGGUGUACAAAACGUUCUUGAUUACCUUCAGAAUGAGUACCCCGACAUGGACAUCAUUGGCAUAUCUGGGAACUAUUGCUCGGACAAGAAACCAGCAGCAGUUAAUUGGAUUGAGGGGAGAGGAAAGUCGGUAGUUUGUGAGGCAAUCAUCAAGGAAGAGGUGGUGAAGAAAGUUCUGAAAACUGAGGUUGCUGCUCUAGUUGAGCUGAACAUGCUUAAAAACCUCACUGGCUCUGCCAUGGCUGGUGCACUUGGUGGCUUCAACGCCCAUGCCAGCAAUAUUGUCUCAGCUGUAUAUUUAGCCACUGGCCAAGACCCGGCUCAAAAUAUUGAAAGCUCUCACUGCAUCACUAUGAUGGAGGCUGUAAAUGAUGGCAAGGACCUCCAUAUAUCCGUCACCAUGCCUUCAAUUGAGGCAGCUAAUGCUUCAAAAAUUGUACAGAUUUUCUUGAAAUAUAUAUAUAAUCAUCAUCAUCUUUGCAAUAAAGGAUUAAUAUUUUCAUAUUAUUGGAGACAAGAUGAUCUGUAUGCUGUGUUAUAUGUAUUAAUAUAUGCAAAUAUUUUUUUAAAAAAAAAGAUAUGUGGGGAUAAGGUAGUUGGUAUUAUUAAUAAGUUUCAAUAUGUGUCAAGGUGGAUGACCUUAUAAUGUCUUCUAAUUUUGUACUAUUACUUUGUAAUUUAGGGCCAAAAAUUAAAAUGGCAUCUCAAUAUGGGUAUUGUUUUGCUCUGCA